AAACCAUAAGAGCUUCUGAGUCUAGACACUAGAUACAGUAAGCCUUAGCACCAACAGAGGUUAGUAUCUCAACAAGGAUACUUCAAAUAUGUCCGCCUCACGCAGCUCCUCUCCCAACUCCAUCUCACAGUGGAGCCAGAAAGAGAACAAGAUGUUUGAAGAGGCACUCGCAUACUACGGCGAGGGCACAUCCAACCGGUGGGACAAGGUGUCCAGAGCCAUGGGAGGCAUCAAGUCUGCUGAGGAGGUGCGCUGCCACUAUGAAGAUCUUGACUAUGACGUCAAGAUGAUUGAAUCAGGCCACGUGCCGUACCCCAAGUACAAGACACAUGGAUUCUGGACCUGAGGUUGAAAUGUUGGAGGGCUCAAGGAGGCAGAAAACAAAGCUCUAUGAAUCUAAGAUGGACCUAGGUUCUAGAAGGAAGCAAAGAAAUCCAGCCAUGGUUGGAAAAUAAAAUGAUGAAACAGUGUGCAUAUGUAUAGUAUAGGUUAUGAGCAAGUUUAUGUUUACCUGUGGUUGUAGGAUCUAGUGUACCUUCACAAACUGCAUGAUUUCAUUAUUCCCUUGAACUAAGUUAUGGAGGAUGUAAACUCAUGUAUUUAUGAAAACUAAAAAAAUAUUGCCUUGUAGCA